AUGGCCACAAAUCGCGGAGAGCGCAUGCUCGAACGCAUGCGUGGGGCCGGCCGUCAUGAAGUCGCAGAUGAAUCCUUUGGUUUUGUCAUGCCCGCCGAGGAGUCCUCUGAAGCCGCCGAGUCCGAGUCUUCACCAUCGCAGCCGUCCGCCCCGCCUUCUGCAAUCCGCUCCGCGUCGAAUACGUCUGCUAAGAGACGCGCAGUUGACGACGCAGCUGCUAUCCCAGAUCCCGAGCCCGUCCCAGAGGAGGAGCUGCUUCAGUUGCAGGAUCGGACCGGCGCUUUGAACAUUAAUCCCUACGAAAUACCGCAGGACCAAUCGCGUGAAGAGGAAGAAGAUGCAGGGGAACCAGCGCAAGAAUCAACAGCGGAACUUGAGGAAGAGCCCGUUGAGGAAGAGCCCGUUGCUGGCUCGUCGCCACAGCUCGGACAGACAGAUCCUUCACCAAUAACAGUGUUCCAAAACCAAGAAAACGAAGACGAAAAUGAAGGGAACAGCGUUGAAGAAUUGCCCAAGCAAGUGGCACGGCCUGGCUCUAGAGACUCGAUGUCCUCCAGGAUAUCUGCUGGAGCUCACGUCUCCGAAGAGGUCACAGAGAGUCCAGUCGGUGCUCCUGGCAGUGGGCAUAGAAGACGAGUGAGGAUGAGCAAUGUCGUCACUCAAAGCGCAGAGCUACAGAGAAUGGUCAUUGACCAGGAAACGGCCUUUUCUAGCGAGCCUGGGGCUUCUUCACCAUUGGCACGUAAAACACGAAUGAGUGGUGUUACGCCAAGCGCAGCCUCUGCCAGAUCUCGGCGGACGACAAGACCGAGCGCAUUGGCUCAGUCAUUUGGUGCUGCCGAGGUGGAUGAGUUAUCACCGCUCCCGGCCCAGUCAAGAAAUAAUGACAACACUAUGAGCAGCAGUUCUGCUCGGUCUAAUCAGAGCUCGACUCGCCGAACCACAACGGCCCCGAUUCAGACUGAACAUGAUGAGUUAUCCUCGCCAGUUCCACUUGUAGAGAGUCGGCGCAGGGCGCAGGCAAAGACGAGAGCAAAGAAGAGCAAACAGCCUAGUCCAGACUUGGCGACACGCAAGGAUGAGGCGGCUUCAAUUGAAGAAGCAGGAAAAGACGCAUCAGUAGAGGAAGACGGUGCUGAACAGAUCGAGGCUGAGGAAGCCGCGCGUGUGAUUGGCCGCAAGCGUCCCCGUACCAGCCCGCCCAGAGAGGAGUCACCAGAACUCGAUGCUCAGCGGGACGAACCUAGUCCGCCGCCAAAGCGUCAACGACAGAAGCGAGCACAACAAAGCCCAGCGGUGCAAUCACAGCCGAAGGCAGCAGUUGGCAGAAAAUUCAACAGCGAGAAACAGAAGCAAAAGCCAAAGGAGAAACCGAGUAGGAAGAGACACAGUGGGGCAGACGAACAAGUGCCCAUUGCUGUACAGAGGUAUACACAGCGUUCACAACAUAAUGAAAGCGACACGGAUGCCGAUAUUCUCAGUGCGGACAUACCAUUUGCGAAUCGCAGCGGCGUCAAUGUCAUUGAUGUACUGGCGCAAAUUUGUGAGGAUGUCAUUGAUACAAACUUGGCAAUCCUGCACGAGGCGGCCAAUAAUACGGUGGAUGCGGCCACAAGAAAAGAAUAUAGGACAAAACUACGAGCACUCGAGGCAUUCCAACAAGAGCUGGGGACCCGGUUACUGGAGCAUACUAUUGCUCUAGACACUCUGCACGCCUUGAAAAAGCGUGUACGGUCGAUCCAAAAGGAGAAGCUUACCCUCAGAAACGAAAUCAUCCGCAUCCGUGCAGAGAAGGAGCAGGUGGCAUUGAAGAUAGAUGCCGUUCGAGUUCGACAUGAAAAGGAAAGCAAACAGUCCCUGGACCAACUCAAUCUUUCCGCCACCAUGCAUGAUAUUGAGCUGGUCAUCGAUAACGGCCGGCAGGCUCCUGAUUUAGGGCCCCGAGAACAGAAGACGGCCGAGCUGGCCAAUCUCGAAUUGAUUGUAUCGCGAGUUGCUGGUCAGGUCGCAACUGAAUCAGGUGUCGGCAAUCUGAAGCUGAUUCAAGAGUUCAACAUGUUUCUGGAGCGUGCGGCUGCUGCCCUGGAAGCUAGAUGA